CUCCGCCGCUCUGUGGCUCCACACCUGACAGACUCCAUCAGAUGCUCAGAUGAUGGAGCUCUCCGAGCUGCCAGGUUAUCCUGUUGCCACCAUUUCGCACGUCCGCUUCCGACACAUGUUCUGCAAAUGCCGUAACCAUUACGCGUUAAUCGUCAUUGCCGGGGGCUUUAAUUUUUAUGCUUGAUCAUUCGGUGGAUGGGUGCUCGCUUUAUAUUUAUUAUGAAUGUUGAGUGGUCGGAUCGGGGUGAUCGUUGUUUUCCGGGGAAAGCGAACAGGAGUGAAGUGAUGCUGCAUCGCUGGUAAACACCCGAAAUGGAUAUCGUCGAACCAAGGUUGCCAACCCAGGCUCGGUCUUGGACCAGAUAUUCGUCGUUCUUAUGAUAACACAUCUGUCCAGUCCAGGUCUCCUACACCUACAUGUUGCUAUAUUGAGCAGGCUUCAGUCAAGCAAACAAAUGAUCCAAUCAAUAGCAACUGGACUAAGUCUGACAUAGGGAGGGCAUCAAUAACACACUAAUACACUUGACGCACACACAGGCCAUGGCGCUGGAGAACUCAGUCUUUCCCUCCUGCCCAGACUCCCUCUCACUCCCUGCGGAGGGGAAAGGGGAAAAAGUGGAGGUGGCCAAUGAAGCCACGGCCUCCACGGGAGUCUUCAACCUAUCAGAGGAGCUGGGUCAUGUUGUCACCACAGAGACGGUGCCGUCCCCUUCGACCCCGGCCAAGGUCAACAGGUCUUUCAGGUCCAAGCUGGCUGAGCGUGAGGCCAAUGUCAAUCAGCACAGGAAGAAGACCCAGGGUGCGGAGAAGGAGAGGGGGCGAUUUGGGUGGGUUCGGACUCGACGUAAGCGGCAGCGCUAUGUUGAGAAGAAUGGCCGCUGCAAUGUGCAGCACGGUAACAUGCGGGAGACCUACCGCUACCUGACUGACAUCUUCACCACACUGGUGGAUCUCAACUGGCGCUGCUCACUCUUCGUCUUCGUCAUGGCCUACGCUGUCACUUGGCUCUUCUUCGGGGCCAUCUGGUACCUCAUAGCCUACUGUAGGGGGGAUCUGGACCAUCUGGAGGAUACGGCAUGGACACCAUGCGUCAACAAUGUCAACGGCUUCAUCUCAGCCUUCCUCUUCUCCAUCGAGACAGAGACCACCAUUGGCUACGGCUACCGCGUAAUCACUGACCAGUGUCCAGUGGGCACGAUGCUGCUGCUGCUGCAAGCUAUACUGGGAUCAAUGGUCAACGCCUUCAUGGUUGGCUGUAUGUUUGUGAAGAUCUCUCAGCCCAACAAACGAGCCGAGACGCUGGUGUUCUCCAAACAUGCCGUCAUCUCUCUGAGAGACGACAAGCUCUGUCUGAUGUUCAGGGUCGGCGACCUGCGCAGCUCCCACAUCGUAGGGGCCAACAUGAGGGCCAAACUCAUCAAGUCCAAACAGACUCAGGAGGGUGAGUUUAUCCCUCUGGACCAGACGGACAUCAGCGUGGGCUUCGAGACAGGCGAUGACCGCCUCUUCCUGGUCUCGCCGUUGGUGAUCUCCCAUGAGAUUGACGCACACUCACCCUUCUGGGACAUGUCGCACGCCCAGUUGGAGAAGGAGGACUUUGAGAUCGUGGUUAUCCUGGAGGGAAUGGUGGAGGCCACCGGGAUGACGUGCCAGGGGAGGAGCUCCUAUCUAGCAGAGGAGUUGCUGUGGGGUCACAGAUUCAGUCCGAUGAUGUGUCUGGCAGAGGGUUUCUUUGACAUUGACUAUGGAAACUUUCAUCACACGUUUGAGGUGAACACACCCUCCUGCUCAGCACGAGAGCUCUCACUGGCUGCAGCCAGACUUGAUGCUCACCUCUACUGGUCAAUUUCCAGCAGGCUGGAUGAAGAGCCCACUCUGUCCAACCAGGUGGCCAAGCAGCUGGACAGCAGCUCGGGGAACAGCAAAGGAGGGGAGCCGACUUUAAUUCUUGGAGAGAUGACUGACAUCCAGGAGCAAACGGGGCUGGGGGAGCUGAACGGCAACGUUGCCACCGACCAGUCCGAGUCAGAGGCCUAGAACAGAGAAUGUUUACACAGACCUUCAGUAUAUCACCAUCACAUGACAGCUAGUGUUUGCAGAGCUUUUCUUUCAAGGCAAAUGAGUAGUUUCAUUAGGCACAGUUCUAAAUUAUAUGCCAUAUCUCAUGUCAUACUGUAUGAAGGUGUUUAUUUCUUGAUACUUUUGCCUUUUAUUUCUAUGUUGAUCUUUGUUACAAGUGUACUGUAAGUGUGCUAUCUCUUUUCAAACUGUUGUGUUAGCUCCAAUCACCCUUGCCUAUAUCUAUAUCUAAAUGACAGCACUAUGCUAUAGGUGGGGUCAGCAAGAGAAUAUCCUUUGGACCAAGACAGAAUGUUAAACACAUGCAGCUGCCUUGUUGGGCAAAAAUCUGUGGACAAGGUGGAUGUAUGUGCAGAGUCAAGUGUAUGAAUUGUGCACAUUUACAAUAGGUACAGUGCAUAGAUGCUUUAUCUUCACUUAUCUUCAAUAUCACUAAAUGAUUGAGGUCCAAACUAAAAUUGUAGUAAUGCCUUUUUUUUGAUGCAAAGAUUGUUCCUAGAUUUAUUGCACAUCGAUCAGGUGUUAACAGGGUGGGGUAGAAACACUAGCACCAAUGUGUCAACAUCAUUUGGUGCUGGAAAAAUGUUAGGAAAACCUAUUUGGCUGACAAACUAGUGAGAGUGGCCAGUGGAACACAGCUGGUUUCUUGCAUUUCUUGAGUAUAAACAGUUUAUCUUCAGGAUGCACAAGGUAUUAUGUUUGUUAACAGCACUAACAUAAAUUUGCUGACAUUCCUAAUUGCACUCAACCCCUUAUGCUGAAUGGGGGAUCUACCUAAAACACAGAAACAGGUUAAAACUCAUUCACAUAUGACAUGUGUAGCACAAGGAUUGUCUAUCUUUUGUCCCCAGCCAGGUAGAAAUGAAAAGCACAACUGUGUCCUACUCAGUUCAGCCCAAAUUCCUGCUUCUGCUGCUGUGUACAUAUGUGGCCAUUUUUACGUGAUGUUUUUAAUAUUUUAAUAUAUGACACCAAUUAGAAUUAAUAAACUGCAGUAUAUUCCA